AUGGUUCAGCAACUCAGUCUGUUUGGAGUCAUUGACGAUGAGUCGUAUGAUUUGUUUGUGUCCACCAUGACGAUGUCCUAUGGGAGUUCGCCUAUAAUAUUUGCUAAUCUAGACACAAUGUGGAAGCCGGACCCUGCUUUUGAGAUUGGGGAAACGAAUUCGAAGAAUCAACUAGUUGAAAAGAACAGAAUUAAAAUGAGUCAAGUACUGCCUUUGGACCUAUUAUCGAAAGAUAGCACAGGCGAAAAAACUGUAGAUUCAACGCUGCUGAAAGAGUUGCAGACUGAUGAACUACCAAUUCCUCUCAAAAUAGUUCAACAUAUGAUAAAUAACAACAGUAGCGAUGAAACAGAUCCCACAAAAUCUACAGGAAACUCUGGUACUGGGUUUGGUACUUGGACAAUGUCCAUCUCCGAUAUACCGGCGGCUGGUAGCAACAGAAAAGUUUGUAUGCAAAGUAUCACGGAGUCUGUGUUGAUUGAUUCAAUAGGACCCAAUGCAUCCACCCAAAGUUUUAUGAAGCAACUCUGCUACGUACUAGAUUAUUUAUAUGUGUCUAUUGGAAUUAGAUUCCACUUGAAGCAUGGUUUAGUGGUUGAGCUGCAAAAGGUCUGGGAUAUGAAUAGUGGCAAACAGAUUACAAAGGGUGGCUUCUUGAUCAAAGCAUACACCAAUAUCAAGAGGGCAACAGACAUUGAUAGGUUAAACUACUCGGAACAAAUACUGCUAAACUUGCAGAAGGAAUUACAAGGUUACCUUGAUCUUGUUAUGGCCGACAGGAAAAGUAUGAAUUCGAAGAUGGGACUCGAUAAUGAAAGUUUAUAA